AUGCUCCCUGCCUCACCGGCUCUGCAUGCGGUUGUUUUCCCGUUUCUCUGCAGAGAGUCGUUCCCGUACGAGCAGCAGUUCAACAUCUUGAUGCGCUUCAUCGUGGAUCAGACGCAGACGCCCAACCUGAAGGUGAAGGUGGCCAUCCUGCGCUACAUCGAGGCGCUCGCCCGUCAGAUGGACCCGGCCGACUUCGUCAACUCCAGCGAGACGCGCCUCGCCGUCUCACGCAUCAUCACCUGGACCACCGAGCCCAAGAGCUCCGACGUCCGCAAGACCCUUCAUAACUGGGCAGGGGAGGAUUUCUCAGGCCGAGCCGCCACCGUGGCCUCUCUGCCCGGAGAGGGCAACCUGGAGGACAGGUGCAAGCAGGUAGAGACUCCACCCGACAGCAUGGGCAGCGUCAAUAACCGCCAAUCAAUAACCGCCAAUCAAUAACCGCCAGUCAGUAACCGCCAGUCAAUAACCGCC